GCGGCCGCGCGCUCACUCCGCUGCAGACCCGGGACCUGCACCGCCUUCCGCAUUCUUGGAUUAAUUUUCGUGGGGAUUUUGCAAUCUUCUUCUUUUUUGUUUUCCCUUUGCCUUUUUCUUGGGAAGGGAAGUCCCGCCGCCUCCGGAAGACCUUGGACGCUUCUGAUCGCACGGGACGGUGUUUUUCCUUUGGGGUCGGAUCUGGGCGCCUACCCUGCCCUCGGGGAGCUGCCGCGGGGGUCCGCUGUGGCGUGUGACUGCAUCAUGACGCUGGAAGAGCUGGUGGCGAGCGACAACGCGGCACAGAGGAUGCAGGCGGUGACGGCCGCCGUGGAACAGCUGCUGGUGGCCGCGCAGCGUCAGGAUCGCCUCACCGUGGGGGUGUACGAGGCGGCCAAGCUGAUGAAUGUGGACCCCGACAGCGUGGUGCUGUGCCUCCUGGCCAUAGACGAGGAGGAGGAGGACGACAUCGCCCUGCAGAUCCACUUCACCCUGAUCCAGUCCUUCUGCUGCGACAACGACAUCGACAUCGUCCGCGUGUCCGGCAUGCAGCGGCUGGCGCAGCUCCUGGGGGAGCCGGCGGAGACGCUGGGCACCACCGAGGCCCGAGACCUGCACUGCCUCCUGGUCACGAACCGUCACACGGAUACCUGGAAAAGCCAAGGCUUGGUGGAGGUGGCCAGUUACUGUGAGGAGAGCCGGGGCAAUAACCAGUGGGUCCCCUAUAUCUCCUUGGAGGAACGCUGAGGCCCGCUCCAGACGUCUAAAGCAACUGUUGAGUUGCUGUCCCGUAAAAAAAGCAAAUAAAAUACGUGUUUGACCCCCUCCCCUCACCCCCAAGAACAAUCCCUCCAGAGCCACCCUGCCCGCGAGACCUUCCGGGAGGGGCGGAGCCACCGAGACUGAGAUGAGAGGGGAGUGAGCGCCCGCCCUCGGGGCCGUGGGACCCGGAGCAGCGCCGCAGGUGGUCGCCGAGACAGGAAGGAGGGGACCCCGGGCCGAGGAGACGGGGACCUUGGAGCCCAGGCCCGGGGGUCCUGCACGCAGCCGCGGCCGGGAGCGCGGAGGGUCGCGGCGUCCCCGAGCCCGGGGACAGUGAACUGUGCGGGGCGGAGGCGGCGACGGUCGCGCGGGAGCCGGGGCGAGCCCGGGGCGCCGCGACGCUGACGCGAGUCGACUUUGUUACUGUGCCGAGCGAGACAGGUCGCUUGCGUACUUUUCUAGGUUUCUACUGCAGAGACAUUGUAAUAAAUUCGUUAAGCCUC